GAGAGAGACACGGAGACAGGGACAGGACAUGGCUCACUGGCACCUGCUAUCUCCAUUCCUUCUCUUUCUCUUGACGUUUGAUGCUAUCAGCCAGGUGCGUGCAUUCGAGGCUGGAACUAGAGGAAAGAAAAGCACAGCAAAGCCCCCCACCAGCAGCAGCAACAACCUGCAAAGAGCAGAACAUAGCCACAAGCAUGGAGCACAGAGAAAGGACAAGGUGAGGAGACUGGUGACCCGAGUGUUAGAGGCAGGAGGGCCGGAGGAAGAGAGUGCCGGACUGGCGAGUCUCACUCCAGUAAGAGUGGAGAUGGGCAGCCGUGAGCGACCAGCAGGCCUGCGGGGAGAGAGAACUGAAAUGUACCCACGCUUCUUUCCUCAAGAACUGAACUACCCAAUAGAGCAGCCAGGGACCAAAGGGAAAAGGCACAGAGAGAAGAAGGGGUCGCGGAGGGAACGAGCCCGGCACAAAGGUGGUACUGGCUUGGCAUCCGAGCUAGGGGUCGGAGCCGAGGGGAGUGGAAAGGGAAAAGAUGACCGAAAGUAUGAUCGAAGAGGCAAAUUCCCAGAUGCUGAGCUAAUCCCAUUUUUCAAAGACGUGGAGAUUUUUCAGGAUUGGCCACAAAGCACAGCGUCAGACCAGCCUUCAACCACAGCUGUGCCCCCGUCCAUCCCCAUGGUGACGACCACACUGGUGACCACCAUCACAACAGAGGAGGUACCAGUAGCGCCACCGGUAGGCAAACGCAAACAGGUGGCUGGGUGGAGAGUCAGGGAGGUGAACCCCACCCUUGACAUGACCCUAUUCGACUGGACAGAUUAUGAAGAUCUGAAACCGGAGUCAUGGCCUGCAGCGAAAAAAGAGAAACGACGCAGCAAGAACAUGAGCUAUGGGAAUCUGACCUCCGUGGCUGGAGUGGAGCCGUGCGACCAUCACCUGGACUGUCUCUCUGGUUCAUGCUGUGAUUUACGGCAACACAUCUGCAAACCCCACAACCGUGGUCUCAACAAUAAGUGCUAUGAUGAUUGCAUGUGUGCAGAAGGACUACGCUGCUACGCCAAGUUCCACCGGAACCGCAGAGUGACACGACGGAGAGGCCGCUGCGUAGAACCAGACUCAGCAAACGGUGACCAGGGUUCGUUCAUUACAGUCUGACAACCCCCACAGAAUCCACCCCCUUGUGAAUAUUCCUGAUCGAAUCCAGAACACAUUGGCAGCUGGCCCCAUAAAAUAUUGCCGUCUGGGCUCGGCAACGCACUCCAGGCAGCCUCAACAUUCCUUAUUGGGACAAUUCAAUGCAGGCAUCGUACCCAUCCUCUCCUCAAGGUUGGGGGGAAGGAGGACUAAGCAAUGUCAUAGUAUCUGUGUCGUAUUGCAUGUGAUUUGUGUAGUGACUGAGCGCGUGUGUGCUUAUUGGUUUCUGAUUAAUUUAAUGUCGGCCAAUAAAAAAAACUGUUACAAAA